UUUCCCGUUGGACUUCCUGGCUUGGCUCUCCAAGGAGGAUGCUGCUGGACAUCAGGAAAUCCUGCGCUCCCACCCCGACUCCCCAGGGAGCUCCCAAAUGUGGGCUCGCUCUCAGGCUGUUGCCCUGUGCUUCUCGGGGUCUCUUCAUCCAGGGCAGCCCGCACGUGUAGCCGUGGGCUUCUGCCAGAAGCGGCCCUCCCCUCCUCCUGGGGAGGACCGACAAGCAUUCACGAAGCCAGUGCAAAGGGGUGGAGGUGAGAGGUGAAAGAACAGGAGGCCCUGACAGGAUGUAUAUGUGGGAAACUAAAGGAUACGCAAGCAGAGAGGUGGGGGUCGGGUGGGACCAGUUGUGAAGGGCAGAGGAUGCUUCUGGAUUUGCUGCCAGUCCCUGGAAACACUGAUUAAAGGUCUUGAAUGUUGUUUUGACAUCUGUUCUGGAAGAGGGCGCUGAUAUCAGGGAGGAGCUGCCUCGACAGGCAAGCGACUUGGAUUGAGGUGAGGGAGGUGCGCAGUCGCCUUCGCUUUGGGUCCGACGGCCAGACAUAGAACUAGUGGGAACUGCCCUGAUGCAGUGGGGGACCACGGCCUUUUAAAGUUAAGAUCCUUAAAUUUCUGCCUGGCAGAGGCAAUACCCGCUCAGAAUGGAGGCAGAGAAUAGUGUCUACUGCCAGUCAAAAACGGGAGGAACGCACUGGGGAGGAGCAGACCUUCGGGCUUUCUGGCCCAAACAAACGCUAUUUACAUUCACUCAGCCCACGGGCCGUGCCGGGCUCGUCCUGGGACCCAGGGCCGGCCAAUCCAGAGCGAUUCGGGUUUUAGGCUUGGUCCUGCAGGAAGAAAUCUGGGAGGGAAAAUCAGGAAGAACCCUAAGCUCUCCUGGGAGGUUUCAGAGGUCAAGAUAGGGAUUCCCGUGGGCAGAGGCUCAGGUAAGGGCCCAAUUUGAGUGGCGGGAAGGGAAAGAAAAGAGAAACUGAGGGAAAGAGAAGAAAAAGCUCCAAGGAACGAGCGCCUGCAAAGGGAACCUCAGAGAACAAAGUAGGAACAGGUUUGAGAAGGAUUUGAGGGGGCGGGUCCGCGUGAAAGAGGAGACGGGGCGGGGCUUGCGUGUAAGAGGACGCCUGGAUGCGGCCCGUGAGUGAGAGGACGCCUGGGGGCGGGGCCAGCGCGAGAGAAGGCCCGGGGGCGGGGCCAGCGUAUGAGAGUACGCCGAGGGCGGGGCCAGCGAGUGAGAGAAGGCCCGAAGCUGGUGGGUGAGUGGAAAAAGGCCAGAGGUGGAGUCUGUGUGAGGGGACGCUGGCCUAGUGAGGCUUAGGGCGGGGAUCUCCCCUAGGCCAGGCCGCCACGCUUUGCCCCAGAAGGACUUCCGGCAGACGGGACCGAGGGCCUGGAGCAGAAGCGCCGAGGAGCGAGAUGGCGUCUUCCAGUGAGCGGGGAUCUGAAGGGAUGUUUGAGUGUCACUUCUGUGGCUUGGCCGUACCAUACAACUACGUGGGGCAGAAACCCCCCAACAGCCGCACUGUCGUGCUCCUGGAGGAGUGCUACGUGCUCAAGGACCCCUUCACCUCGGACAGAGACAAGUUCCUGGUGCUCGGCUCCCGGUGCAGCCUCUGCCACCAGCUGGCCUGCGUGGGCCCGGAAUGUAGCUUAUUCUACACGAAAAGAUUUUGCCUUCCCUGUGUUCGUGAGAAUCUCAGUGCUUUCCCUCAGGAGAUCCGGCAAGACGUGGAGAAAAGACGCGCUUCGUCCAAAGCUGCCUCUAGGAAGCCUGACUCGAGGACCUAAUUGUAGGUUUUGGCAGGAACAGAGGCCCCGGAGCCCCCUUGCCAUCGUGUCACUUUUCUUCCAUUUUGUUCCUGGGAACGGAGGUCCCCUCGGUGUGGUUCCAUUGGCCAAUCACUGUAACUUCUAAAAGGGGGGCUAGACCAAGCCCCCAUGUGGGUUGUCUCUCACAUUGCUGUGGUCACUAUUUCCAACCAUGGAAAUCAGUGGGAAUUCUGGCUUCAACAGUUUUGAGUGAGUCUUUGUCAGAGGCUUCUUUGCAGAGGGCCCGGAAGAGGAUCAGUGGGUCUAGUCCCUUGUCAUCCUGGGCCCAAAGAUGCUGUGUGGGACCCCUGGACGGGGGAGUCCCGCACAGGCCUUGCCUUGGGUGUCCAUCCAGAGAGGCUGACAGGAGAAGCAUGAAACAGCAGAGAGCACCCUGGGAUCCGGUUCCCUCCUGCUCUGGCCCGGAAGGCCAGCACAGACUUUCUCCCCCAGCCUUAGCUCCCUGCCUUUUCCCUCUUCCACCUACCAGGGGCAUCUCUUGGGCCUCUCAGCAGGGGGUGGGCAGAAGCUGGUUAGGGUGGCUGUCCCUCCGGACACAGCUUUCUCUGGUGUCCUGCAUGUCAUCCCCAUUUUUGUUCACUUGGCUUUUUCAAGCCCAGUAGCAAUCGAACAGCAUCAUGUUAGAGAGGGCACACCAGAAAUACACUGGACUCUACACAGUAUUCCUUUUUUCUCAAGGCCCAAAGCCUAUGGACAAGGGCUGGUGAGGGCUCGGCUCUCUUUUGGCUACAGAGAAAGUUGUGCUGGGAUGGGAUCUGACCUACUUUAAAAUGGCCCGUUUGUAACCGUUAGAAAGAAAGAAAAUGACAUGGUUUGCCUAAAGGGACCAGAUUUAAUUAUAACAUCGACUUGUUAUCCCAAAUGCCUGAUGCAAGCUGUCUGAGUUAAGGGAUUUUGAAGAUUACAAGGGAAAGAAAACCAGGUUCAAUCCAAUCUGUGUCCAGUAAGUGGUAGUUAACAAGGAAGGCCUCGCUUUUCACAGAGAAUCAGCUACUAAGAUCGCAUCUCAUGAACAAAUCAGUAAUAACCCACCAACUGACUUUUAAAAAUAGUUUAUUCUUUUAAAAACCUUUUAAGGCAAACUGUACCUUGAAAUUAGCUCUUUACAUUCAUCAGUCUUACAGUAUGACAUCCCAAGAACAUAAGUUCCUAUAAAGUCAAGCUAUAAAAUCAUUAGUGGAUACUCUCAGUUCAGUCCCUUCUUAGUGAAUGAAAGCUCAUAACAAAAAAUACAAAAUUGAAAAUGGCUCUUGACUUGUUUCUGCUCUCCCAGACAGGAGGCACCCAUGCUCCAUCCCUGGGAAUAGAAAAAGGCUAUCUCUCUUCCUCAUUCCUUCUCCCUUAAACAAGUUUUAAACAGCAAAUUGGCCCUCGAGGCUUUCCUGAGGUCCGAGAACAUUUCAUUUUAGCCCCGUUCCAUCCCCGUCCUGCUGUCAUCCAAGAACACUGGAGACAUUCACCUGAGUUAGUGGGGUUAUACAGGAAGGUUCAUCAGUAGUUGCUCCUUUUGAAUUCUCCCUGUUUAGUAGUGUUAUGAAUGAACAGCCUUAACCAAACUGACAUUUUCAGGCAGUAAAGGCACUUGAGAGAAACACAAACAUAUCGAGAAAUAAAAUUCAAUGCUAUGCUCUGGAAAUUGGUAAUUUCUACCAGGUCCUAUAGGUCCUGGAAGUGAAGAGAAACAUGGGCAUUUUUGUGAGUCACCAGAAAAAAGGGCCAAGACACCAGGGAGCAAACACUGCCUUUGGCAACAUGGCACUAUGACCCAAAAACUUGAUGAGGUUCACUAGUGGUACCCGCAGUCACAAUUCCGGGCUCUUCCCUCUUAAUUACUGAGCAGGGAGAUAUAAGUGAAUCAGCCUCUACAGGUGACAGCUUUCUUUGGUAAGAAUACUCGAUACAGUUAUCAGCAGCAAUGAAAGAGAACCCUUAAGAUGUUUGGGUCAUUUUUGUUAGGCAAACAGCAUUUAGUGAAAGGAAGCAUUGUUGUUCAGCAGAUGAAGAGAAAGAACUGGCGAUUCAAAGUGACAGAACUUGCCCGGGUUAGUUGGCCAGUGACCCUUGAUUAAGUGCCGACUACGGGCCAGACGCCGAAAUUCAUGUGACAGAUUAAGACGAAAAUAAAUUCAGGGUUGCUAAGUAGAAAUGAAAUGUUUCCUAAUAAAGGUCUUAUUUCCAAGAUGUAUAAGGAGUUGACUCAAAUUUAGAAUAAGAAGAGGUAAUUCCCCAUCGACAGAUGGUUAAAUGAGAUGUGAAGUUAAUUCUCAAGAGAAGAAAUAUGAGCUUUCAACAGCCAUGUGAACAAUGCUUCAAAUCACGAAUAGAGAAAUACACCUUAGAGGUUAUUCUUCAUACUCAUGAGAUUGGCAAAGUUAGCAAAGGAGCAAAACGGCAAAUUUUGGAGGGACUAUGGGAAAAGAGGUCCAGUUAUAACUUGUUAGUGGAGAAUGGACCAGCCAUUCUAGAAAGCGAUUUGGAACUAUGCUGAAAAGUCACUAUGCAUGCAUGCUCUCUGACCCAGCAGUAUUAGCCUUACUUAGCUUAUAUCUCAGAGAUCAAAGGGAGAAGAAAAAUACUAAAUGUACCAAAAUGUGGAUAGAAACUUUCCUGGGGGGGGGCAAAGAAUUAGACCAUCCUUUGGGGAAUGCCCCAAAUGAUGGGAUACGAAGGUAAUAGACUACUCUUGUACAUCAAGAAAUAAGAGAAACCUGGGAAGACCCAUCUGAACCGAUACAGGGAGAAGUGAGCAGACCCAGGAGAAUGUUGUGUACAGGAACAACAUUAUAAAGAGCAAGAACUUUGAAAAGUUUUAGAUUUCAGGUCAAUGCGAUGACCGAUUGUGAUGCCGAAGGACCAAGGUUGAAAUGUGCUGCCUACCUCCCGAUGGAUUUGGAUGGACUGUAGAUCCACAGUGAGAUUUGACCAAUGUGAAGAUAUAUUUUGCUUCAUUGAAUAUUUGUUACAAGAAUUUCUUCCCCCCCUCCACCUCACUGGGGGAGAAAGGGAAGUGAAGAAAGAAAAUUAAUGCCUGUUAUUUGAAGGGGGGAGCUUUAAUUUAAAAAGAAAUGAAAUUGCUUUUAAAUCAAAA